UGCCCAAUUUGUUCCAGCGUUUAUUUUUAUUGCAACACAAACGAAUUUGACUGCAGUUAACGCACCAUUUGACACAGGCACAACAGUACUCGUAGUGAAACUACGAACAGAAUAACAAUACAAAAUAGUCGAUGAUGACAGCGAAACAAUCAUGGCGCUCAGCACAAACGGGCGGAUUAGUCUUUACUGUUUCUGUUUGGCGGGCAGCGUUGUAUUUAUUUCGUUAAUUAGUUUGUUAAGUACACUACUAUCUUAUGUUGUCGAAGACUAUUGGCUGUUUCUGGCCGCCAUAUACUCAGUUUGCAUUCACGGAGUCCUGUAUUUAUUUUACAAACCUCGUGGCUACGCUUACAAGAUCGUAUGGCGAGCCGCAUUGUUGGGAACCGGUGCUGGAAUCGGCCUUCUUACAACAAUCCACGCACCGUCUUCGUGGAAAGUAUUCGGCUGGUACAUGAUCUUGAUCUGCACGUUUCAUUUCUCGGAGUACUUCACAACGGCGAUCGUUAAUCCAAAGUCGCUGAAUCUCGACACCUUCCUACUGAACCACAGUCGCGAGUACGGGGUCGCGGCGGUUUGCAGUUGGAUCGAAUUUCUUCUGGAACGAAGCUUAUAUCCAGAUCUCAAAGAGACUUGGUGGAUCAGCGUAGUGGGAUUUGUGCUUUGCAUUACCGGAGAGGUGCUUCGGAAGGCAGCCAUGUUCACGGCGGGCACCAACUUCAACCACAUCAUACAGUGUCACAGAGAAGAAGGGCAUGUCCUUGUCACGCACGGCGUCUACAGCCUAUGCAGGCAUCCAUCGUAUGUUGGCUGGUUUCUCUGGUCUGUUGGGACGCAGACCGUGCUGGUAAACCCCGUGUGCAUCAUUGCAUACGCUCUCGCCUCGUGGAAGUUCUUCAAGACGAGAGUUGAAGCGGAAGAGGUAACGCUUCUCAACUUCUUCGGAGAAGACUACGUCCAGUAUCAGAAGAGAACGUGUACGGGACUUCCGUUCAUUUACGGGUUUCGCGUCGAGUUAUGAUGCGAGUCUCAACGGGAGAAAAGUGGCAAUCUCUGCUCACCUUCGAGAGCAAGGGCAAAGGAGCCGGAACAGGUGAUGGUCAUCCGCGGUUAACCCCCAUCCACCAAUCGUGUUGCAGGAUGGAAUAGCGAACACCCUCACCUCUGUGACUCUGUGUGAUAUGAUGUGUACCUAUGGCGCGGCCCAGCGGCUGUGUUUUGCGUUGAGCGGGAGGACUUGUUAAGGGAGGAAUAAAAAAUGUGACCUCUGG